CAACUUUCGAAAAGGCCGCUGACACUUCCUGUUUGUCCGACAGAGGCGGAGCUAGCACGGCCAUCUGCUGUGCCACCGCGAGACCGACCGACGGACCGAGGGACCGACGGACGGACGGACGGUAAGACAGGCUCCGCUUCCCGUUUUGCCGUUCAAAGUGCGGUAUUCUACACUUUGCCCGCUCGGCUGACAAUCAUGGAGGAUCCACAGACAGCGGGGCGGCUGCAGUGACGCGAACAUUCGCCAGCCAAGAUAUAAAUCUGCUUUUUCCAGCCGCGGUUGCCCCGUGAGUGAGCUUCGACCAUGGUGCAGGAGUACCAGUCCCCCGUUCGGGUCUACAAGCAUCCGUUUGAGUUGAUAAUGGCGGCCUAUGUGAGGAGAUUCCCAAAGUGCCCCUUGAUCCCAGUGUUUUUGGACAGUGAGAUCAUCAGUGAAAACCAAAGUGAGGAUGGAUCUACGCUGGUAACCAAGAGGCACUGUAUGAUCGACAUUGAUGCUCCACGACUUCUCAAAAGGAUGGCUGGUGUAGACUACCUGUACUUUAUCCAAAAGAACACUCUGAACCGCAAAGACCGGACGCUCCACAUUGAGGUCCGCAACGAGACCUUUUCCAACAGGGUCGUUGUCCAUGAAAUCUGCAGCUACACGGUUCACCCCGAGAGUGAGGACUGGACGUGCUUUGAACAGAAAGCUAGUCUGGAUAUCAAGUCUUUCUUCGGCUUUGAGAGCACGGCAGAGAAGAUAGCUAUGAAACAGUAUGCUGCCAGCAUUGAAAAGGGUAAAGAAAUUAUUGAGUACUACCUCAGGGAGCUGGAGGCAGAAGGAGUAACUUACAUACCGCGUUGGGUGCCCCCCGUUGUCUGUGGCGCUGCUAGCGCCGGGCUCCGGCUGUCACCUCCCUCUACUGCCAGGGCCAUCCCGGCGAACAGUUCCAAGGAUGGGCUCCCCAGCAAAGACUGGGCCUGUCCCACAGAGCUAGUGGCAGGCACACCCGAUGACAAGUUGGAUGCUGACUACAUCAGACGGUACCUGGGUUAUUUAACGCUCCUGCAGGAGAGCUGUCUUAUUCGACUGCGCCAGUGGCUCCAGGAAACCCACAAGGGCAAGAUUCCAAAAGAUCAGCAUGUGCUGCGCUUCCUGAGGGCCAGAGAUUUCAACCUCGACAAGGCCAGGGAGCUCUUGUGCCAGUCUCUUACUUGGAGGAAACAACAUCAGGUGGACUUCCUGUUAGACACGUGGGAGCGGCCACAACUGCUUCAGGAAUAUUACACCGGAGGCUGGCACCACCAUGACAGAGAGGGCCGUCCUCUGUAUAUCUUGCGUCUGGGCCAAAUGGACACUAAGGGUUUGGUACGAGCUUUGGGGGAGGAGGUGCUCCUAAGACAGGUCCUGUCCAUCAACGAGGAGGGACUGAGGCGUUGUGAGGAAAACACCAGAGUCUUCGGGCGACCUGUUAGCUGUUGGACUUGCCUGGUGGAUCUGGAGGGUCUUAACAUGCGUCACCUGUGGAGACCGGGCGUUAAGGCUCUGCUGAGAAUCAUUGAGAUGGUGGAGGCCAACUACCCCGAGACUCUGGGUCGCCUCCUCAUACUGAGGGCGCCUAGAGUUUUUCCAGUGCUCUGGACGCUGGUCAGCCCCUUGAUCGACGAGAACACUCGUAAGAAGUUUCUUGUUUAUGCUGGAAAUGACUACCAGGGUCCAGGAGGGUUGGUGGACUACAUUGACAGGCAGAUCAUCCCGGACUUCUUGGGAGGGGAUUGCAUGUGUGACAUUCCUGAGGGAGGCAUGGUCUCCAAAUCUCUGUACAGGACAGCAGAGGAACUGGAGAGUGAGGAGAACCGCUUGUUGACUGACUCCAUCUAUAAGAGUGCCAGUAUCUUCAAGGGAGCCCCGUAUGAGAUGCUGAUUGAGAUCACAGAGGCCUCCUCCGUCAUUACCUGGGACUUUGACGUGUCUAAAGGAGAUGUGAUCUUCAACAUCUACCAUUCCAAGAGGGCCCCUCAGCCUCCAAAGAAAGACACUCUCGGAGCCCAUGGCAUCACAUCCUUAGGGGCUGUCAGUGCCCAGCUAAUAGACAGGAGCUGGGUGAUGGGCCAGGACUAUAGCAUGGUGGAGAAAGCCCUCACUUGCAGGGAAGGAGAGAGUGUACAGGGCUCCCAUAUAACACGCUGGCCCGGCUUCUACAUCCUCCAGUGGCGUUUCCACAGCUCCCCAGCCUGCACCGCCUCCAGCUUGCCUCGUGUGGAUGAUGUGCUGGCCUCUCUGCAGGUCUCCUCCCACAAGUGUAAGAUCAUGUACUACACAGAGGUGCUGGCCUCCCAUGACUUCAGGGGAUCCAUGACCAGUCUGGAGUCUUGCCAUAGUGGUUUCUCACAGCUCAGUGCUGCCACUACUUCCUCUAGCCAGUCACACGCCAGCUCGAUCUCAAGGGAAUGAUGCAGCAGUUUUUCCUGUGCCUGCGAUGACUGACUUGUUAGGUUUUGUUUGUAUUAUAUUCGUGUACAGUAUAACAAAUACAAAUGUGCAGUGCAAAUGUGAAAUAUAUAAUUUGUAGUUAGAUACGUGUCCAUAAAGAUGGCAUUACAGAAGAAUAUCUGAAAUGUAUCUGCUGGAUAACUAAAUUCAAAAGCCCAAUAAAAAACAGUUUUUAGAUAAGAUUAGAUGGAAUAGAGAUUAAAGGUAAAAGAGUAUCUCUAUAUUGCACACAGCUUCUGUCCCUGAAGUUGCUUUCAUUGCCCACAAGAUGUCAGUGCACUCUGUGACUGGAACUGCUCUCAGAUCUGCAGUGUACGUAGCACAUGUGGUUUUACUCACACACUUGUCUGGUCUUCUAGGAAAUAGAAACGAGUCUUGUUGAAAUAAAGAAUUUAUCACACAAAUCAA